CAAAGACUAGCUUCUUCAAAUAAUGGAAGCAAAGAGUAAAAUAUUGGUAUCCAUUAUUAGUAAAUGCUUUUGCAAGGCUCAUAGCAUUAGCUAACGUGUUUCCUUCUGUUGAAGGAAAACUUCCUCAGAACAGAGAAGUCACCCUCAAAAGGUGACACUAGAACCAGCUAUUCUAGAACCUUAUUUUAAUGUUAUUUAAAUAAAUGAAAGCCAUCCACCUAAAAUAUAGAUGUAGUGUAAUGUCAGAAUCAUAACAUCUAUUUAAACCUAACAAUUGCUGUAUUUAAGAGCUGAGCUGUGUUGCCACCCCAGAAAAGCUUCAAAGAAAGAAUAAGUAGGACUGGACUGGAUACAGAAAAAAGCAGCUUUUGGCUGAUGACAUUGUCACCUUGGACUGUGGUAAGGACCCUGGAUAGCUGGGCAGGCCUUUUUUUUUUUUCAAGUUUCAAGUGGCAGGAGUUCAUUAAGCAAAGUGAAAACACCUCUCCAUAAGGCAGGAGAGCAGGCUGUCUGGAAACCAGAAGCAGGCCCAAAUGGGCAGGUCUUGACCUCCCAGUGUCUGUGUUGUUAGGAUCUCAGCUGUUCUCUUCAUCUAAAAGCCACUUCUAGGUUGCUUCCAAAAUAGGGGCAUCAACUACUGGACUCCACACUGAGCACAGAGUAGUUAAAAUAAAUCUUUCUGCCAUGUUCAAAAUAUGGUUUGGGGGUGGUGGUGAAAGCAUUCAAUUGAAUGGAAGCAUUCAAGUGAUAAGCCAAUGUUAUCUGUGGGGAGGACCAUAGCUUCUCUUACAACCGGUUGCCAGACUUAUACCCAAUAUAAAGUAAAUAUAGCAGAGAGGUAUGUAGUUAUCAUUUAUCCCUCGAAGAGCCAGAUUUGUGUCCUGUUUCCGAGUCUGUCCUGCUGUGGAGUAUUGUGAAAACAACAACGUUUGGAAAUAAAGGGACCUGGCUUUGGUCUUACGCCAGGACCAGACCCAGGACCACUGCCAGUUCUGUGCAUUAUCCUCCAGGGUACAGUGUGCCAUGAAUGGCUGGACUUUUAAGUAUGAACCACAUUGAAGAUUAACAGAUGGCACACAGCAAGUAUUUUAGUUGACUUUUUAUGAAAAUCUUACUUUACACAAAUGUUAACGCGGAGGACGACUACGACCUCAAUGCACAGAAACACCCUACUAACGCUCAGCCCUCUGGGAAAGCGUGCGAAACGCGUCCAGCGAGAUCAACAGUCAACCAGUGGUCUCCGCGCCCUGUUAGCCCCACCCCUACCAUGCCCCGCGUCCUUUCUAUUGGUUCCUUUGCCUGCGUUCUGUUGCCGUGGAGACCAGGGCUAUGGCAACCAGGAGAAGCCAAACUUGGUCCUUCCUCUGGAACCGCGGAGGGAUCCUUGCUGGCGGCGGGAUUCGUCACGGCGCUCAUGGCGCUGUACGAGCUGUUCUCUCACCCUAUCGAGCGCGGUUACCGCGCAGGGCUCUGCUCCAAGGCCGCGGUGUUCCUGCUGCUGGCCGCCGCGCUCACGUACAUCCCGCCGCUGCUGGUGGCCUUCCGCAGCCAUGGGUUUUGGCUGAAGCGGAGCAGCUACGAGGAGCAGCCCACCGUGCGCUUCCAGCAUCAGGUACUGCUCGUCGUCCUGCUGGGCCCCGAGCGCGGCGGGUUCCUGGCCUGGAGCACGUUCCCCGCCUUCAACCGGCUGCAGCGGGAUCACCUGCGCGUCCCGCUCGUUUCGACUAGAGAAGAAGACAGGAACCAGGACGGGAAAAUGGACGUGUUACAUUUUAAACUGGAGCUUCCCCUGCAGUCCACGGAGCACGUUCUUGGUGUGCAGCUCCUCUUGACUUUCUCCUACCAGUUGCACAGGAUGUCGACAUUGGUGAUGCAGAGCAUGGCGUUUCUCCAGUCCUCCUUUGCUGUUCCGGGGUCCCAGUUAUAUGUGAAUGGAGACCUGAGGCUGCAGCAGAGGCAGCCCCUAAGCUACUGUGGCCUGGAUAUUCGCUACAACGUGUCUGUCAUCAACGGGACCAGCCCCUUUGCCCGGGACUACGACCUCACCCACAUCGUUGCUGCCUACCAGGAGAGGAAUGUAACCACCAUUCUGACUGACCCCAAUCCCAUCUGGCUGGUGGGAAGGGCGGCUGAAGCUCCAUUUGUGAUUAAUGCUGUCAUCAGAUACCCCGUGGAAGUCAUUUCUUAUCUACCAGGAUUCUGGGAAAUGAUAAAGUUUGCCUGGAUCCAGUAUGUCAGUAUCCUGCUUAUCUUCCUCUGGUUGUUUGAAAGAAUCAAAAGAUUUGUGUUUCAAAAUCAGGUGGUGAUCACAAUCCCUGUAACAGCAGUGCCCCGGGGAGAACUGUAUAAGGAGCACUUCUCCUAAAAGACGACUUCUGAAAACUCUGUGCAGGACCCUGGCUGCCUCACUGUGGGCUUCUGAGAACUGCCCUUUCAUGAACUUUCUGCAAAGAGCCCCUGGACACGGGCGGGCAUCUGUGCUUUCCCAUCAGAGACAAAGAACAUUCCUUUCUAAACCUUUUCUACACUAAUUCCCUAUCUUCUAAGCAUCUGCAGAAUCACCAGUGACCAGUUUGUGGAAACAUCUGGGUGUUCUCCAAGGCUGUGAUUUGCUCUUCUUUUUUUUUUUUGUCUUAGACUUGAGUUUCAGGAGAAAACUACAGUCAGUUCAGACACCUUGGAAAGAGUCCUAUCUCUGGCCGAGCUAAGACUUUUCCUCUCUUGAACUGAGGAACAUGCUCUGCAUUUCUUUCCCUGUUGUGAACCACUUUUUACUCUUUUCAGGGCUCUCUCUGUGAUAGAUAUGCAAAUCACUAGCACUUUCCCCUCCUGGGCAUCUACAUUUCCCAUUCAGAGCUUUGAUUUCCAGAACUGAGAGGCCUCUAACUGGAGAACUGGAGAGAAAGGGAGCGCUCAAGAGUGGAUGUAUGCACGUGUGGGAGGGUGGGCGACACGAGGAUACCGGGACCAUCCACCUGCCCUCCGUCUAACAGACAGUCGCCUGUCAUCGACUCAUCUGAGCAGCCCUUUAUCCCUGCCCUGCUGUGGCUGGCUGGCUGCCCUGCCUUUUGCCCUCUGUACGCCUGGAAUACCAGUCUGCAGUCAGAAGCGCUGUGUCACGCACAGCCCCCUCUGUAACAGUGUGGGACAUAAGGAUCCUCACAACAGGUUCUUUCUCUCUGGCCCUCAACCAACAUCCUGGACACUUGCCACUCCUCCGCCUUGACAGCCCUCCCCCUUCUUGAAAAGGACAUGGGUGACAGAGGAGCUGUUGUUGGUACUGGCACCCCUGCCCAACAACCAGUUUAUUUGGAGAUCUAAGAGGAAGCCCAGUUUCUUGCAUUUCACUUGACUAAGGAACGGCGCCCAUCAGAGUGGACAGCUUUGGGGAGGGCACACAAGGAGUGGUGAGGGAUAAAGAGGAUGCCAGCCUGGGCAGCCCAAUCCAGCCUGGCCAUUAGGGUGACAAGCAGUGCAGUCAGAUUAUCCUCACCACUGGGUGAGUGUCUGCCGAAGAGGCUGCUGGAAGGGGCCUGUGCCGCCUGUGGAAGACCCACUCUCUGUUCUCACCCUGAGGAAACUACACUGCCUCAAGGGAUCCCGAGAUGUCAGUGGCACUGGAAGGACAUGCCCGCUGUGAUCCCUGCUUCACGCCCACUUACAAACACUCCUCUGUAUCUGCCUCCAUUUACCUUGGAGAUUCAGUUAUUCCAAGGCACCUUUUCUUUCAGGCCAACCAAAAUUAGAGUUUUGGAAACAAAGCCAUUUUGAAGUAUUGAAGCACAAAAAUAUCUUAACACUGGCCCCUCUGCCUUUUUUUUUUUAAUAUUUAGUGCUGUUAAUAUGCCUAAAAAUGUUUUCCUGAGAUUUAAAUGAAAAAUGGUUUCUGGUGUGAAUCACAAAAAGAUGAUGAGAUGGGAAGCUAGCUAGAGAUGUAUAUAAAUACUGCUGGCUAUUUUAUUAAAUUAUUUUAUUGCAAUGUUUUAAUAAAGAACCAUGAUGUUUUGUAACUUUCUAAUUAAAAUGUUUAAAAUGGAA